CUCUCUCCUUUCUCAGGCAGCAGUAACACCAAUACCUCCGCCACCUCCUCCUUCCCUUCCUCCUCCUCCUCCUCCUCCUCCUCGUCCUCCACCGUCACUACCUCCUCCACAGCCUCCACCUCCACCUCGACGACCAUGGGCGCAGAGGCGACGUGGCCCAAGACCCUCAAGCUGGAGAUGAACGACGAGAAGCGGCUCCUGGACUCCCUGAUGGCCGGCUACGACAGGAACGUGAGGCCGGUCCGGAACGCCUCCAACCCCAUCGUCAUCCAGCUCGGCAUCACGCUCACCCAGAUCUUCGACAUGGACGAGAAGAACCAGGUGUUGACGACCAACGUGUGGCUGGACCAGGAGUGGGUGGACGAACUGCUGCGUUGGGACAAGAACGAAUACAACGGCCUUGAGACGAUCCGGCUGCCGUGUGAGAAGAUCUGGUUGCCGGACAUCGUGCUCUACAACAACGCCGAUGACUACACGCGGGGGUACAUGCAGAGUAAGGCGAUGGUGGGCCACGAGGGGAAGGUGUUCUGGCCGCCCCCCACCAAGUUCCGCUCCACCUGCCCCGUCGACGUCACCUACUUCCCCUUCGACGACCAGACCUGCAUCCUCAAACUCGGCUCCUGGAUCUACGACGGCUUCCAGGUGGACGUGACCAACAGGACGGCCGACGUGGACCUCACCAACUACAUCCCAAACGGCGAGUGGGAGCUGCUGGAGGCGCGGAUCAUCAGGAACGUCAUCUACUACUCCUGCUGCCCCGAACCCUUCCCGGACGUCACCAUCACCAUCACGAUCAGACGCAAGACGCUCUACUACAUGUACAACGUCGUACUGCCGUGCAUGAUGAUGUCCGUGCUGACGCUGCUGGUGUUCUGCCUCCCGCCGGACUCGGGGGAAAAGAUCGCCCUGGGAGUCACGGUGCUGCUCGCCUUCAGCGUCUUCAUGCUCGCCAUUGCUGAGAAGAUGCCGGAAACCUCGGAGUCCAUCCCGUUGAUUGGCAUCUACCUCACCGCCGUGAUGACGAUAACCUCCAUCAGCAUCAUCAUGACCGUCAUCGUACUCAACUGCCACUACCGGGGACCCAUCCAGAGAGAGGUCCCGCCCUGGAUGAGAAGCCACGGUACCAGUAAGUGUAAGAGCGGGGCGUCCUCCACCUCCGCCACCACCACCGUGACCACGAGGGCAAGACGGAGUUUCUUCGGGCGCGGCCUCAAGCGGCGGCGAGCCAAGACGACGAAGAACAACGGCGAGGACGUCAGCCUCACGAACUCCAACGCUCACGCCCGCGUCGUCACCACCGCCCUCUACGGGGACUUCUCUAACAACGUUUCGAAGGAUCACCAUGUAUCCAAGAGCGACACGAUCCGGCUGACGGUGGAGAACGUGAGCGACGACCUGAAGGACGGCGGCCAGGGCGACUACUCCAGCGCCGAGGACCUGCACAACCUCAACAUCGGCUGGCGGGACUACAACAACGACACCAACACCUACAGGAGGAACACCACCGCCAACAGGUGUGUGAGUGUGGGUGUGGGUGUGUGGGUGUAUUCAUGUGAGUGUUUGUGUGUGUUUACUUUCGUCAUUCGGUUCCUUCAUACAGUAACUUCAUCUCUGUCCUUGUGGCAGCACGUACAGCCCAAAUCUGGCCCCUGUGAGCAGCAAUCGGGCCCAGGAGGAGAUCAUCCGGGCGCUGAAGAUCCUCUUGAGCCGCCAGGAGCGCGAGGACGCCGAGAAGAAGCGGCUCAACGAGUGGCGCGUCAUCGCCAUCGCCGUGGACAGGAUUCUCUUCUGGAUCUUCUUCAUCGUGACAACCGUGAGCUCCGUGGUGUUCCUGGUCAUCCUGCCGGUGGUGAAGCGCUCCGAGUACGUCCGUAAUACCUGAGAUCGCCUGGGUGCCCCCCGCAGUGCACCAGUGUAGUGCUAAUUGUGCCCUCGUCCCCCCAAGGUGGUUGUAACUGACCACGAGCUGCUGCUUUCCCUCCAGGUGGACCCUGAGAUCUCUUUGUCUUGGUCUGUGUCGCGCCCCGCCACACUCGUCCUCUUCAGCGCUGGUAGAAGGCUCACCCUCUUUGGCUCGCAUGUAGUCCCGGGCGAACCCAGAGUUUUGUAUCACUGCAUCCCUGGUAAUACGACGAAUGAGAAGCUGACAGGGUGGCAGGAAGGACUCGUGGCUUGAAGGACGGUGCUAUUGUUGUAGGGAAGAGUCUAAUCUUUCUACCACGUUUGAAGGCACACUUUUGGCCGGGUACGGAGCGUUGGCCGUGGUCGGCGUGUCCACUCUGUGAUAAUGGCUUCCAGACCCCUCACGACUAUUGUCACGUUGCAGUAACAGGUAGAACAAGAUCGGUGCUUUCUCUGCCUUUCAACGGGACAUGUUUAGUAUAGUUGUGUGGGCGCUCGACGUCACAACUGACCCACUCGAGUAUUUGUAAAUCGCUGAGGAGGCUAACCUGUUGUAUAAAGAUGAAUAAUACUAUAACUAUAAGUUGUUACGUGCCAUCUCAGCGAUGGUUUAGCGGAGGGCCACCAGGGUGUCCCAGGCGACGGGCAGACGUCACCUCCGCCUUACACUUGUCACAUGGUCGAGGGAGUUGCUCGUCCGACUCCCGCCGUGGAUGACGCUGAGCGGCCGUGGGUGACUCCGACGUAUUUGUAAGCCUUAACAAAUAUAAUGUAUAUGGAAAUUAUUUAUAUUAGUAUAGAUAUGCCUCGAAACAUAUAUGGAGAAUAUAUAUAUAAAUAAAUAUAAAUAUAUAUUAACCCGUAGUCCUCAUAUGACAUAGUAGAGAAAAAAAAUCAUUAUAAUUGCACAAAACUUUUCGGGCAAGUAAGAGUCACCGCGGAGGGCCGAGUUGGCUCCUCCGCGUCUGUACUUUGUCUGCGCCGCCGCCUCCCUCAAGGGCGUUCUCUGAUUGGAGGAGCAGCUUGUGUCGGAGCUACAGACAACGCCAACCUGCACCAUGAAAUUUACCCCCUCCCCCGUCACACCCCCUCUAAACACACCCCAAAGAUAGCCGCGUAUCCUCCCCUCACUGUACUCCUGUUUCUCGUCUCCUCGUCUCCCCCGUCAACAUUCCCGGAGCCCCGGCAUCCAGUCCUCCUCCUCCUCCCCUAACCUUGACGUUCCUGAGCUAAGGAUGAUGUGGAGUGACUAGCUGGUGACCGUCGCUAAUCCCAAACCCAUUAAAAGGCCUCUUGAUCCUCACUCACGCCUCUUGGAACCCGCCGGCCAGAACCCCCUUGCGUGCGUAGCGCCUUAGGUACCUCCGCAGCCCGUGUGUGUUUUGCUACUGUUGACAAGGGAUUCAUUACGGGUUUCGGGCGAGAUUUAUACUCCGAAAUGUAGAGACUAUGCGGCACACCUGUCUGUCUCAGGUGAGCGUGCACACACACAUAUAUACACAUACACACUUAAAUAACUUCAUAUCAUUUCAUUCAAUCAAGUGUGUCCUGCGUGCCGGGGUCUUCUGAGUCUGCGGAGGAAGCUCAGUCGUUGUAAAGGUCAGAGGUUAGAGGUGGAGGUGGACGGGAUGGUGGUGGUGGUGAUGGUGGAGAUGAGGAGUGGUUUGGUGGUGAAGGUUAGCGUGGUUGUGGUGGUCGCAGAGGCAAGUUUUCUCUGCGGUUUUGCAGCUCGUAGAAAUUUGUCGUCGCUUCGAUACAAAAUACGGAAACGGGUCUUCAGAUAUUUGUAAAUUUCCAUUGUGGACCCUGAGCCCGCUUUGUUAGUUGUGACAUCUGUGCCGAUGCAAAGUGACUGGAGGCUUCACACAGUAGGUCUGCGUCUGGAUAGUGCUUGAGACGGUAGAAGAGGCAUUGAAAGAUUAAUGUAAUUGCGUACGUAUUGAUUGGCCUGUCCGUUGUUUAACCACUUGAUAAUUAUCUUUGAAGUUUUUCUUUCUAAUUCUGAGCCUCAAAGGUCAUUGUAUCAUUCCCGUUUGGAUUGAUUUGAGCGGUAUGGUUUUUCAUCCCAUAGUUAUUGCAGACACCAUAAUUAAUGAUGUUAUUUUUCUAGUGUAUAUCUUGGCCGUCUACCCUCAGUGUUCUCAUCCCUUCUAUAACGAUAUGUUGUUUCACGUGAAUGGAUCGCGAGAGCAAGGUCUCAGCGCAUGCGUUGUGGUGUGAUGGUAGUGUUGUUGUUGUUGUUGUCCUUGUCAGCGCUGGUUGUGUGACGCAGUGGCCGCGUCGGUCCGCGGGUCCCCGGCCGGUGCACCACUUGCUCAGGCGGGUGUCGCGGGGCUGCCCCGCAAGACAGACACUCGCCUGAGAUUUUCUUACUCACUCCCGUGGAGCCAGCCAUCGAAAUUAUUCGAUAUUUUACUACAUCUCUCUAAAGCCUGAAAAUUUGCCAACCAAACAAUUUUGUACAGCGAUGGAUGGCGCCGAGCGGAGCUAAGUGUUUCGUCGAAGUGAUACUCUACGCCGCUGGCGUUUGUCUUUACAACUAUAAACUCUUGAAGAAGUCAAGAGUAAAAUCUCCAGCUGGUAUGGAGUUAAUAUUUGUAUCCUUUUGUAAAUACUGAUAGGAUAAUCUUGGCUUGCACUUUUCAAAGCGUGUACAGAACUGCAUCAUUAACUCUGGUCGGCAAUAAUAGCCUUAAUGUGCGUUGGUCGCGGCUGUGUACCUCGGCAGGACCAGCCCCCGCGCGGCGCCUCCUCAACCGAACACUGUUUCCAUACAGCCGUGUAAUGUAUACAGAACCAGUGUCAUGGACACAAUUUCCCAAUAGGUUACUCUGCCAUACAACAGGUUUUAAUGCCUUCAUUAAUUUACGUUUGUUCUUAUCCUUUCUCCUCUUUAAUUGCCUACGAUAUGAUUUGAUAUAUUUGUUCUUUACCUACCCAGAAAUGUCAAAAUGACUCAAAAUUAUACCUUGCUUUCCAUGUUAACAUGUGUUCCCUUAUUUAAUGUUUUCAUUGGUUCCUGGUGCGCGCGUGGGUCCAUGAGUGAGGGUGUUGUGGAAAGUGCAGGGUGCAGGAGCUCCCGGAGCGUACCGUGCCGCAAGGUUAGCUGGUCACUGCAUUAGCCGACACAGGCACGCCGGGGAGCGGCACCGCCCGGCUCGGAGGGGGCUCGGCCCUGCCCACUGCCGCCGUGGCCACACACACGAGUAAACAGACGCCAAAGAAAAUUGGUCCUAGGUGUCCUGUUAAAAAAAAAGAUGCAAGUUUGAUUAUGGUGAUAAUGAUAAAACUAAUAAUAUUAGUGGUAAUGAUGAUCAUGAUGAUGAUGAUGAUGAUAAUAAUAAUAAUAAUGAUAAUAACAAUAAUAAUAAUAAUAAUAAUAAUAAUAAUAAUAAUAAUAAUAAUAAUAAUAAUAAUAAUAAUAAUAAUAAUAAUAAUAAUAAUUUAAUAUACAAGUAAAAUGAUGAAAUAAGUAAAAGAAUACUGAUCAUAAAAACAAGAUGCGAUGAAGGAAAAUUAAGAAAUGCUGGAGCUGCAGGACAAGACAACAAUAAUGGGGAGAAGAGGAGGUGAAAACACAGGCCGGUACCUAAUGAAGAGAGAGAGAGAGAGAGAGAGAGAGAGAGAGAGAGAGAGAGAGAGAGAGAGAGAGAGAGAGAGAGAGAGAGAGAGAGAGAGAGAGUGUGUGUGUGUGUGUGUGUGUGUGUGUGUGUGUGUGUGUGUGUGUGUGUGUGUGUGUGUGUUUAUAAUGAUUUUUCCUAGUGAUUUUAAUUUAUCCAUACUAUCUUUUCUUCAUAUAUUGUUACAUUUUUGUCAUAGUUAUCGUUAUUAUCAUUUGCCUUAUCAUUAUUACUUGCUCCCACGUUAGACUUACUAUUGAAACCGCAACAUCGGAAGGCGACAGUGGUGGUGGUGGUGGUGGUGGUGGUGUGGGCGAUUUAUAAGUGUCACUUGUAUAUAUUUGACGAAGCUCCUCGCCGGCAGAAAACCAGCUUCGUGCGCACGUCUGCUCAAACCGUAACGUGGCCCAAGACCUUCAUCACACACACACACACACACACACACACACACACACACACACACACACACACGCCAGAUUAUCUCACCGCUUCUCAUCGUCUCGUGGGUUCGCCUCGCACGCCGUCGCUCCACUCAUCGUUCAGUCCUCAUGUCGGUCGGUGUUUGGUCGUCUCCUUGGCAGUUUCCGGUCGUCGAAGCGCCAGAUGCACCUCAGCCUCCUCAUCCUCGUCAAAGCUCAUCACGAAAGUAUUCAUAGUGGUCACCAGUCACUCGUUUUUCUCUCCAUAAUAUUCAUAGUUGUCACCAGCCACACUUUUCUCUCUCUCUCCAUCGAAUAAAGAAGUCAUCUAUAUACUUAUUUUCAUGCCCUCAGAUCAACGGUUUUCAAUGUGCAUUCACAGGUAUAUCACAGGUAUCUUAUCUUCGUUGCCAAAUAUCGUCCCAUUUGUAACAUACCAGUGUUUAUUAUUAUUACUGUUUACUAUUAUUACUGUUCUGAUUUCCGAUUUCUUUCCCCUAUUCUUUGUCAACCGUUUGCUCGUCACCGUUCGCUAAGUCGUUAUGGAUAUGUAAUCAAAUUCAUCUUGCUUACCUUUCCUUCGAUGAUUUUAACCUUCUUUUUAUCUAUCUAUAUCUAUCUACCUAUCUGUCUAUCUAUAUCUAUCUACCUAUCUAUCUAUCUAUCUUUCUAUUUUUUGCUGGCUUUCUUUUCCGUCACACACGCAGAGGCAGGGGAGCAUUGAGUUUCAUCCACUACAUUCUUAUUUAGUCACAUCACGCUCCCCAUUUCUUUCAUGUGCCAAAACUUUUAUUUCCAUGUAUAUAUUGCACCUUAUGUAGAUAUAAGCGUGCCGUUUUUGAUAAGAUUUUCUGUUACUGUCACCUUUUUGUCCACAGCACUUAGAACAUUAAGUGUACAAAUACCUCUCCACAACCAACCUACCUGACCCUGUCACCCUCUCUCCCAGCAGUCACUUGCCCGUUCUACCUGUCCAUAUCUUGUGCCUGUAGGUGCCGGUGAUGACCUUCUCAACCUCGUAUGUACCUACUACCCCCCCCCCUCCCCCCCACGCAGGAAACAGUCCCUUGAGUUGCGUAGUGAGUCAUCAUCAUCAUAACAUUUGGGUGUUAGAUUUGUUCCCUCUCAGCAGCCAUUGACUCAUCCUCACAGCCUGUCUCUGUUUAUCAGGUGGCGCCAACUAUCUACUGUUCUGUAGCUAUAUAAUCAUGUGACACUGUGCAAGCUUUUACCCUGCAUCAUCUGUACGACUAUAUUCUUCUACUGUGUGUGUUUGUACGUUUAAGGCUUCUUUUGUCGUGAGCAUUGAGGUACUGCAGUGCUGGCAGGACAGUGGUAUGCUGCAGGGCGACCUCGACGCCUAUUAGGGCACCCAGCUGCUGAAGACAAUGUGAUUUUUCCUUAAUUUCAAAGCAAAUCUGAAAAGAGUUAUUUAAGUGUACAUUACCCAUGGAACUGCGUCAGUGCACCCGUCACUGCAGGACCCCAAACUCCUAUUCUAGCUUUUGUUCCUCCUCCGGAAGGCGGAGUAACUGUGCCGUGACGACCAUAGUUCAGAUACAAACUAGUGUAAGAGAACUGCUGCAGGGAUACUGAUAUUUCCGAUGUUAUUGCGCUUCACUGCUCCUCGACUUGAGUGUGUUGGGGUGACUCCGCGCCGCUGAGCCCCGGCGGCCCGAGGCACCGGGCGGCAGGAACAAGUCAGCGCGAGCAAACUGGGCGAUUGUCUACGUAGGUCAGAUUUUUACUCACAGAAUGGGUCAGGACGGUGCGGCCCCCGUGGCGCCACCAGCUGCUGGCCGGAGCCGCGACGGCUCCUGUGCGGUUGUUAUGUGUCAUGUUGAGCCACCAGGACCCAGCUGGUCAACCGUGUAUUAUUUGUAACUGCAAUAGAUAUAAAUGAAUAAAUAAUUUUUGUAAAGUUGUGGUCUCGCUUCCCUUCUG